AUGAAGGUGUCUCUCCUUGCUUCAGUGGCGGCGCUCUGCGCUGGCCAGGCCUCGGCCCAAUUUGCCCAGGCCGCCAUGAUGCGCUUCCAAUGUUCCCAACUCGUCAUCGAGCGCCUCGACCCCCUAGUCAACCCCGGCGAACUACAAUCUCCGCAUCUCCAUCAGAUCGUAGGCGGCAACUCAUUCACCGCCAGUAUGACCCCCGGCGAGUAUGACCCUGCGGAAAGGUCGACAUGCACGACAUGCUCCUUCUCGGAAGACUUUAGCAACUACUGGACCGCAAACAUCUACUUCCGUGCGAAGAAUGGCACGUACAAGAGGGUUCCGCAGAUGGUCAAUCUUGGGCUCAAAGGAGCUGGCGGCGUCACGGUGUACUAUAUUCCACCCUAUGACGGCAAGACCACCGUUACGGCCUUCAAGCCGGGCUUCCGCAUGCUGGUGGGAGAAGCUGGCCGGCGGACUCAGAAGGGCAUGGCUAAACAGAUUUGCCACCGCUGCGAGCAUAACAUUGAGCAGACUCCGUUUGGCGGCGCCCCUUGCACGGGCGAUGACACAGCGUCUUUCCCCGCGAAGCCUUGCCCCGGCGGUAUCCGGACCACCAUCACAUUCCCAACGUAA